AUCGCACCGUAGGACAGUCUUUGGUACGUGGAGGACAGGAGAAACGUCACAAUGCGUUUUUUACACAAUUUAUAUCUGUUUUUCCUUAUUAUCACCGGUUCACUCCUCGGGAUCAGUUACUUCAGCUACACAUCCUCCUGGUUCAGGUGAGAAAUACACACUCACUCAUACCCACCCACACAGGUGAGUGUGAGCAGCCGUAUGUGUGUGUGUGUGUGUGUGUGUGUGUGUGUCUGUGUAUGUUUCAUUUCUAGGAAAUCAGCCAUUUCCAGGUCUGUACUCCUUAAUUGUACUCUAAAUGAAUUAUAAUGCUUUUACCUUUUGAAACAUGGCAACUGCAGUAAACUUUCACAAACACAUUAAGAGCACCUCCAUGACCUUAAUCUACUUUAAACCCAUCUGUGUUUCGACAAUGCUGAACUGCCCCUACGUGUGAAUGAGAGUACGGACGUUUAUGCGUUCUGCCCUGUGACCUUGACCUGGAUGAGGCUCAAGGUGUACGAAUGAAUUUAUAAUCAGUGUGUGAUGACCCACGUGUGAUGUUGUGUGUUGCAGAGGUGUGUGGGAGUGCAGACUGACUGUGGAAGAAAAAAAACAUGGUAAUACAGACCUAAUCUUUCCUACAGGGUGAGAACACACACACACACACACACACACUCACACACACACACACACACGCCUCUCUCUCUGUCGAGCUGAACAUGUGCGUCUCCUCUUCUUUGACAUGCUGGUUACUGUGAUGCUGUGGUUGAUAUGGCUUCUCUGGAAUUACCUCGCUGAUCUACUUCCUCCACCUUUGACUGAGAGCGAUGUGUCUUUACGAUUAAGAUUGACGCUGGAGUUAAUCCCACUUGCUGACGAUCUCAAGAUUUUCCUGAUUUUCCUCAGAGAGAUUUUCCUUCACCACGGUCGCCUCAGGCUCGCUCAUUAAGACUCGAAACUGCAUCCAGAUUUCAGAUUGCAUGCGCUCAGCCCAGUGUGAGUAAUAGUCGGCCGGAUGUCUCCACAAUGACCCCGUGGUUAGCUCCAAUUGUGUGGGAGGGUACAUAUGAUUUGACGGUGAUUGACAACAUCUACAAACAACAGAACAUCACCGUGGCAGUCACCGUCUUCGCUCUGGGGAAGUACGUACGCUUCCUGAAGGACUUCCUAGAAUCUGCAGAGCAGCACUUCAUGGUGGGCUACCGAGUGCAUUAUUACCUGUUUACAGAUCAUCCAGACGAGGUUCCCACGGUAACGCUGGGGGAAGGGCGUCAGUUGACCGUGAUAAAAACAGCAACCUCGAACCGCUGGCAGGAAAUCUCACUGCGCAGGAUGGAGAGAAUCGAGAAGCUCAUCGAGAAGGAACUCACAGACAAGGCAGACUACAUAUUCAGUCUCGACGUCGACUCCAAAUUCCACGCUCACUGGGGGGCGGAGUCUCUGGGCGACCUUGUCGGCGUGCUACAUGCCUGGUUUUUCGGAACAUCUCGGAAACAGUUCACGUACGAGCGGCGUCCUGAAUCUCAGGCCUUCAUACCUUUACAAGAAGGAGACUACUACUACGGAGGGGCCGUGAUUGGAGGACGCCUCGACAAAGUGCACAAGCUGGCGAAGACGUGCCGCAUGCAGCUGGAUGUGGACCGAGCCAAUCACAUUGAAGCGGCAUGGCAGGAGGAGUCUCACCUGAACAAGUACUUCCUGUACAAUAAGCCCAGCAAGGUGCUCUCACCUGAAUACCUGUGGGAUGACAAGAAAGGGAAACCCAGCUACAUGAAAGUGGUGCGUUCCUCUCAGGUGCUCAAGAAUUACGCCGACAUCCGACCCAACCCUUAAAGCACACUGUACUGUAAUGGGUUUCUCAGGAAAGAUAAAUGAACUAACGCCACUAACUCUAUCACCAUCAUCUCACAGGUUUCAACCACAGACUACACCAAGGUCUUCCAUCAGGAAAUGUUUGGUUACCCUACAUUAUAAGACAUGUUGAUGAUUAUAUUAAUAAAUUGCGUUUUCCUGGAUUUUUAGGUCCUAAUUAUGUUUGUAAGUUACACAAAUGCAAUAAAGACAAUUCUUAAAGGGAA